AAAGGAAACAAACCAACAGUGGGGAACAACAACAAUAUGCUAGAUCAAGACUAGUACUACUGUUGUUUAUUGGUGGAGAUCAUGAAGGGAAAAAUAUUACUGGUCUUUUCCCCACAGCUGACAGAAUAAAAUCUGUCUUUGGAAUCUGAUAUUUUUUCCCUUCUUGUUUUGGAUUCUUCAUUGCAAAUUACACCCACCAACUUGGCUCAUCACUUGAAUAUUUCAUUCUCUUUCUCAUGGCUGGAGUUCUGAGAGAAAAGGGUCUUAGCUACUCAUGCAUUCUCCUCAUAGUGAUUGCUGGUAUGGAGAGAUUUGCAUUCAAAGGAGUGGCAUCAAAUUUAGUGACUUAUCUAACAGAUGUUUUGAAGAUGAGCAACUCAUCUGCAGCCAAGACUGUAAACAGUUGGGGUGGGUUCACAUCAAUGUUGCCACUCCUAAUUGCACCCUUUGCUGACUCUUAUUUGCAUAGAUAUACAACUAUAUUGGCCUCUUCUUUCCUCUACGUUGUGGGGCUAGUGGCGUUGACGUCAUCAGCAUCAGCAUGGGCCUGGUCUCCUGCAAACAGAACAAGGUCAACCACCUUUCUCUUCUGGUCUCUCUGCGUGAUUUCUCUAGGCCAAGGAGGGUACAACUCAUCUCUACAAGCCUUUGGAGCAGAUCAACUUGAUGAAGAAGAGGAAUUGCCUAGCACCAAAGAUGAGCAAAAGUCUAACAUCAAGAGCUCGUUCUUCCAAUGGUGGUAUUUUGGUGUCUGCAGUGGAAGUCUUUUGGGAGUCACGGUCAUGUCCUACAUCCAAGACACUUUUGGUUGGGUUCUCGGAUUUGCUAUUCUCGCCCUGGCAAUGGUUGUAUCAGUUGUUUUUUUCUCGUUUGGAAGUAGGAUUUACAUAUACAAACAGGUUGAAAGUAUGGGAAACAAUAGUAAGCCUAUUGUAAGCAUAAUUCACAGCAUCAAAGCAACUGCAUCAAAGUUACUAAGUUGCAGAAUAGCAUUACCGAAUGUCGACGACAUUGUCGAGCUAGAGCUUGAAGAGAAACCUCUUUGUCGCCAAAACUGGAGUAGCACAGAGGGCUUGGACAAGAAUCCGACAAGUACUAAUUACAUGCUCGAAAACACGAAAGUAGUACUUCGGCUUUUUCCCAUAUGGACAAUGCUCCUAAUGUUUGCUGUGAUCUUCCAACUGCCUACAACCUUCUUUACCAAACAAGGUAUGACAAUGAAGAGAAACAUCGGAAGCAGCUUCCAGAUUCCACCAGCCACACUUCAGAGUGCCAUCACUCUGUCUAUAAUUCUCCUGAUGCCUUUAUAUGACAGAGUUCUGAUCCCAGUCACACGUCUGGUCACCCGAAACGAAAAGGGUAUCAGCGUGAUGCAAAGAAUGGGAACCGGGAUGUGUCUUUCGAUCAUAGCAAUGGUCACAGCAGCAGGUGUGGAAACACAGAGGCUAAAGAUUAGUAGAAAAGCUGAGAUUCAUGGCUCACAUUCAGAGACAGUCCCACUUAGCAUAUUUUGGCUGCUGCCCCAGUACAUCCUUUUAGGCAUUUCUGACAUAUUCACUGUCGUUGGGAUGCAAGAAUUCUUCUAUUCUGAAGUUCCUGUUAGGAUGAGAACAAUGGCUUUUGCUCUAUACAAUAGCGUGUUUGGAGUUGGGAGCUUUCUCAGUGCACUUCUUAUAACUGUUGUGGAAGACUUGACCAAGUCAAAGGGAAAUAAUAGCUGGUUUUCUGAUGACAUGUGUGAAGCUAGGCUAGACAAGUACUACUGGUUUUUGGCCUUGACAAGUGCACUUAGCCUUCUGUUGUAUUCCAUUUUGUGUAGAUUCUACAAAAGUAGAAGGGAUUUAGAAAAUGAACGAAUGUAAAUAAUCUUCUUCUUGUUCUCUCUCUCUGAUAAGAGAUUUUAUUUUCCCCCCUUUGUGAUAAAGAAACAUUGCUUGGUCUGACUGCAGAAAAAGUUGGCUGGUUUUGGGAACUGAAAAGUGAAGAAUAUUCCGUCGACAACAAUAGUGGUCAGCUUGAGACAGAAUACUGUGAUUGCAGAAACCACAUGUUAUUGAGUUCUGUUUACUAAAGCAGUAUAAUUGAGUUGCAAAUAUCUUACCACUGUAAUAA